AUGCUGCGCGGCCUCGUCGUCGUCGCGGCCGUCGUCGCCCAGGUGCGCGACGCGCCGAGCGGCUACCGCGCGGGCAAGCCGAGCGGCGCCAACGCCUUCGCCCUCUACGACGCCUGCAACUCGUCCCUGCGGGCGCUCGUCGCCGCCGGCGCCAAGGCGCGGAGCCUCGACGCCAUCGUCGCCUGCGAGACCGUGGCCUGCGCCUGCGACGGCUCUGGCGCGCCGCCGGACUGCCCGGUGCGCGAGGUCUACGCGGCCGCGGCCGUCGUCGGCGGGGGCUUCGCGCCGGAGGCCGUCGCGGCGCGGCGCGGCGCGCGGCCGCGGAGCUGCGCGGCCUGGCUGCGCGACCCGCGCAACGGCGGCGCGCUCGCCGGCGGCGGCGACGCCGCGCGGGAGCUGCGGCGCUGCGGCGUGGGCCUCUGGGAGCAGCGCCGCGCGUCGCUCGCGUACCUCCAGAUGGCGCAGCCCUGGGUCGCGGCGGACUGGAACGACCUCCUCGAGCCCACGGCGCGCGACGAGGCGAAGAUCCACGGCGAGGAGCCCGCGGGCCGCGCGCCGGACGCGGCGCUCUACCGCCUCGCGACGCAGCUCCUGAAGCGGCAGCUCGUCGUCGCCAUGGAGUGCGGCGCCGCGCUGGGGCUGAGCUCGCACCUCGACUUCGAGAACGCGACGCGCGGCGUCAACCGGUACAUCGGCACGAUCAUGCGCGUCGAGGCGCUCGCGAACCUGCUGCCGCACCUCUUCGAGGCGCAGCGCUACCGCUUCGCGUGCUGCCUCGCGUCGGAGGAGCGCCUCGGCGGCUGCGGCGAGACGCUCGCGCCGUCGGGCGAGGACCCGGCGGCGGCCGCGGCGCUGCGGGCCGGGAAGCUCGAUCGCACGCUCCGCGCCGCGCUCGAGGGCGCGCCGGCGCUCGACGGCGGCGGGUCCGUCGACGUCUCGCCCAAGGCGACGUCGCGGUACGCGGUCGCGCGCAUCGCGGACCUCCGGGGGCCCCUGAAGCGCCUGACCUUCGCGUACCGGUCCGAGCAGGACAAGGCCAAGGGCCGGCGCUACGCGAACCACGUCAUCGACCGCGUCUUCCGCCGGGUCCUGCCGCGCCUGGAGCCGCUGCCCGACGGCCGCGCCGUCGCGCUCGACGACCUCGUCUUCUUCGGGCUGAGCGUGCUGACGUCGAGCCCCUACCCGUUCCUCCACUACGACCAGGACUGGACGCUCUUCCCGGACGCGGCGGGGUUCCAGGUCUGGGUCUUGGUCGACGCGUCGGAGCUUCCCAACGCGGGCAACCUCUUCGUCGCCGAGACGCCCGAGCUCCUCGAGAGCGACCCGCCCCUGCGCUGGGACUUCGACGAGCGCGGCGGCGCGACGAAGAACACCUACCUGGGCACGCAGUUCCCCAUGCCGCUGAAGACCUACGGCUCCUGGGAGCGCGGCGCGAAGCUGUCGUUCCGCUACUUCAACGGCACCGAGGGCGACGCGCUCGUCUUCUCCAAGCGGACGCUCCACAUGUCGGACCCGCGGCCCCACCUGCUCCGGGACCUGCGGGAGCGGCCGCCGGACCGCCUCGCCGUCUCCGUGCGCGCCGCGGUCAAGGACGCGGACGGCGGCCUCAACUUCUGGCCGGGCCACACGUCGACGGCGCGCCUCGCGACGGACCCGGCCUGGGUGGACCACUGGAUGGGCGGCGGCGCCAAGAAGAACGGGCUGCACCGGGUCUUCAUCCCGAACCGCCACGAUUGGAUGCACGGCAUCCCGCGCGCCGCGGGGCCCUGGGAGCCGCUGGACCCGUGGCGGAACCACCCGUCGAGGCGCGCGCCGCCGACUCCGCCGAAGCUCCGUCCCCGGGCGUCGAAGACGGCCCACGAGAAGUUCGUCGACAAGUUCGACGGCGUCGCGCAGCUCAUGACGACGCCGGAGCAGCGCGCGUCCUGGGAGCGCGUCAAGCUCAACCCGCCGGAGAUCACGGGCGACGACCAGCUCUACGUCGACAUGGAGGCCCUCGCGGCGACGGCCUGCGUCGUCGCGACCAUGUACAGCUCCCGGUCCGCCGAGGACGCCGGGGAGAAGACGACGUCGUCGCGCGCCGUGCUCGCGGCGCUGCGCGCGCUCCAGGACAAGAUCGCGCGCCUCGAGGGCGAGCGCGCGGAGGCCGUCAACUCCACGAAGGAGAUGCGCCACCAGCUGCGCGAGAUGGAGCUCAAGGUCGAGAGCCACCGCCUCGACGGCGCCGAGGAGUCGCGGCUCCGGAGCGCCUACGAGCGCCUCGCGAGCGAGGCGGCGUCCAAGGACGCGGCCAUGCUCGCGGCGGAAAACCGCGCGCGCGCGGCGGAGCAGCGGCUCCUCGAGUGCGAGACGCGCGCGCGCGAGACGACGCUGCGCGCGCGGCGCGUCGAGGAGGAGCUCGACGAGGCGCAGCGCAACGGCGCGACGCCCCGCGUGACGCCCGAGGAGCGCGCGCGCUACGAGGACGAGCUCGCGGAGAGCGCGAGCCGCCGGAGCGCGGCGGAGGAGAAGGCGGCCAAGCUCGAGGCGAAGCUCCGCACGUCGGAGCGCAUCCUCGAGACGCUCAUCGCCAUGAACAAGCUGCUCGUCAACGAGAAGGAGGCCGACGUCGACCUCGACGGCGUCGCGCGCGAGGCGCGCGCCGCGCGGCUCUCGCCGGACCGUCAGGACCGGGAGCCGCGGCGCCGGUCGCCCGCGCCCGCGCGCCGCGCGGCGCCGAAGAAGGCGACGUCGGCGCUGCGGGCCGUGCGGUCCGCCGUCGACCGGGCCGCCGCCGCCGCCGCCGCCGCGCCGCCGCGGCGCGCGGCGCCGAAGAAGCGCGUCGUCAAGCGGCGGCCGCCGCCGCCGCGGGACGACGUCGAGGCCAAGCCCCUGCCCUGGGUCCCGAGCUCCGACGGCGGGGUGUCCUUCAACCUCGCCGCGGCCUGCAACUACGCGCUCCGCAAGACGCAGCAGCCCGCGCCCUAG